AUGGGGCUGCGGGACGGCGCCGAGCCCGAGGCAGCGCGGUGGGGGCGGCGGCCAGGCGGGCACCGGGAGCCGGCGGACGGCACCGCGUCCGGCCGUGACGAUGUCCCCGCGCUGUCUGCACUCAAGCGCUUGGAGCGAGCACAGCGCACGGAUCGGCUGGACGCGCUGUUCGGCUUCGAGCGGCCCGCGGAGCCCGGUGAGCGGACGGGCUGGCUCAUCAACAUGCACCCGACGGAGGUGCUGGAUGAGGACCGGCGGUCAGUGAGUGCAGUGGACUACUACUUCAUCCAGGAAGAUGGGAGCCGCUUCAAGGUGGCCCUACCCUACCAGCCCUACUUCUACAUUGCCACCCAGAAGGGCUGCGAGCGGGAAGUGUCCUCCUUCCUCUCCAAGAAGUUCCAAGGGAAGAUUGCAAAGCUGGAAACUGUCCCCAAAGAGGACUUGGACCUGCCAAACCACUUGGUGGGCCUGAAGAGGAACUACAUCAAGCUGUCCUUCAACACGGUGGAGGACUUGGUGAAGGUACGCAAGGAUAUCUCUCCUGCUGUGAGGAAAAACAGGGAGCAAGACCAGGCGAGUGAUGUCUACACGACCAUGCUGUCAAGUGCUCUGAGUGGGGGCAGUCUAAGCACAGAUGAGGAAGGAGCCUCCAGAAAAAUUGCCAACCAGAUGGACAACAUUGUGGAUAUGCGGGAGUAUGAUGUGCCCUACCAUGUUCGCCUUUCCAUCGACCUGAAGAUCCAUGUGGCUCACUGGUAUAACGUGCGAUACCGGGGCAGCACCUACCCCCCCGAAAUCACCCGCCGAGAUGACCUUGUGGAGCGGCCGGAUCCUGUUGUUCUUGCAUUUGAUAUUGAAACAACCAAACUCCCUUUGAAGUUUCCUGAUGCAGACACAGACCAGAUCAUGAUGAUCUCCUACAUGAUUGAUGGGCAGGGCUACCUGAUCACAAACAGGGAGAUUGUCUCAGAGAACAUUGAAGACUUUGAGUUUACUCCCAAGCCAGAGUAUGAGGGUCCAUUUUGUGUCUUUAACGAACCAGAUGAGGCUCAUUUAAUCCAGAAAUGGUUUGAACACAUCCAGGAGACCAAACCCACCAUCAUUGUCACAUACAACGGAGACUUCUUUGACUGGCCUUUUGUGGAAGCAAGAGCAGCAGCUCAUGGAAUUAAUAUGUAUCAGGAAAUUGGGUUUCAGAAGGAUAGCCAGGGGGAGUACAAAGCAUCCCAGUGCAUCCACAUGGACUGUCUGAGGUGGGUGAAGAGAGAUAGUUACCUCCCAGUGGGAAGUCACAACCUGAAAGCAGCAGCUAAAGCAAAACUGGGUUACGAUCCAGUGGAGCUGGACCCUGAGGAGAUGUGCCGGAUGGCCACGGAGGAGCCUCAGACCCUGGCCACCUACUCAGUGUCUGAUGCCGUUGCUACUUACUACAUGUAUAUGAAGUAUGUACAUCCCUUCAUUUUCGCUUUGUGUACUAUCAUUCCCAUGGAGCCUGAUGAGGUGUUAAGAAAAGGAUCUGGGACACUGUGCGAGGCACUGCUGAUGGUUCAGGCCUACCAUGCCAACAUCAUCUUCCCCAACAAGCAGGAGCAGGAAUUCAACAAACUUACUGAAGAUGGACAUGUGCUGGACUCAGAGACCUAUGUGGGAGGCCACGUGGAAGCACUGGAAUCUGGGGUCUUCCGCAGUGACAUUCCCUGCCGCUUCAAAAUGAAUCCUGCUGCCUUCGACUUCCUGGUGCAGCACGUGGAAAAGACCCUGCAGCACGCCAUUGAGGAAGAGGAGGGUCUGCCCUUGGAUCAGGUCACCAACUUCCAGGAGGUUUGUGAUGAAAUCAAGGCCAAACUGAAUUCCCUGAAGGAUGUUCCCAACAGAAUUGAGUGUCCUCUUAUCUAUCAUCUGGAUGUGGGGGCCAUGUACCCCAACAUCAUUCUGACCAACAGGCUGCAGCCCUCAGCCAUGGUCGAUGAGGCCACAUGUGCUGCCUGUGACUUCAACAAGCCGGGUGCCAACUGUCAGCGCCGGAUGACGUGGCAGUGGAGAGGAGAAUUCAUGCCUGCCAGCCGCAGCGAGUACCACCGUAUCCAGCAGCAGCUGGAGUCGGAAAAGUUCCCUCCCUUGUUCCCUGAUGGACCACCUCGUGCCUUCCAUGAGCUCUCUCGGGAAGAACAAGCCAAGUAUGAGAAAAAACGCCUGGCAGACUACUGCCGCAAGGCAUACAAGAAGAUCCAUGUCACCAAGGUGGAGGAGCGAGUCACCACCAUCUGCCAACGAGAAAAUUCUUUUUACGUGGACACAGUGCGAGCAUUCCGGGACCGCCGAUACGAGUUCAAGGGGCUGCACAAGGUGUGGAAAAAGAAGCUGUCUGCAGCAGUGGAGACAGGAGAUGCCUCUGAAGUGAAACGCUGCAAGAACAUGGAGAUCCUCUAUGACUCCCUGCAGCUGGCCCACAAGUGCAUCCUCAACUCUUUCUACGGAUAUGUCAUGCGGAAAGGAGCUCGCUGGUACUCCAUGGAAAUGGCUGGCAUUGUCUGCUUCACGGGGGCAAAUAUCAUCACCCAAGCCAGAGAGCUGAUUGAGCAGAUUGGGAGACCUCUAGAACUGGAUACCGAUGGGAUUUGGUGUGUCCUUCCCAAUAGCUUCCCAGAGAACUUUGUCAUCAAGUCAACCAACAGCAAGAAGCCAAAAGUGACUAUCUCUUAUCCAGGAGCCAUGCUGAACAUCCUGGUGAAGGAGGGCUUCACAAAUGACCAGUACCAGGAACUGCAGGAUCCAGCCUCACUCACCUACAUCACACGCUCAGAGAACAGCAUCUUUUUUGAAGUGGAUGGUCCGUACCUGGCCAUGAUCCUUCCAGCCUCCAAAGAGGAGGGCAAGAAGCUGAAGAAAAGGUAUGCCGUGUUCAACGAGGACGGGUCCCUGGCUGAGCUGAAGGGGUUUGAGGUGAAACGCCGGGGAGAACUGCAGCUGGUGAAGAUAUUCCAGUCGUCUGUGUUCGAAGCCUUUCUGAAAGGCAGCACCCUGGAGGAGGUCUAUGCUUCUGUGGCCAAGGUGGCUGAUUAUUGGCUGGAUGUGCUCUACAGCAAGGCUGCCAACAUGCCUGAUUCAGAGCUGUUUGAGCUCAUCUCAGAGAACCGGUCCAUGUCACGCAAACUGGAGGACUAUGGGGAGCAGAAGUCCACCUCCAUCAGCACUGCCAAGCGCUUGGCAGAAUUUUUGGGGGACCAGAUGGUGAAGGAUGCAGGGUUGAGCUGUCGCUUCAUCAUUUCCAAGAAACCAGAAGGGUCUCCAGUCACAGAGAGGGCCAUCCCCCUUGCCAUCUUCCAAGCCGAGCCCAGUGUGCGUAAACACUACCUCCGAAAAUGGCUGAAGAGUCCCUCACUGCAGGACUUCAACAUCCGUGCGAUCUUGGACUGGGACUACUACAUUGAGAGACUGGGCAGCACCAUCCAGAAAAUCAUCACCAUUCCUGCAGCCCUGCAGCAGGUAAAGAACCCAGUGCCACGGGUCCGACACCCAGACUGGCUUCAUAAGAAACUCCUGGAGAAGAAUGAUGUGUACAAACAGAAAAAAAUCAAUGAGCUCUUUGUUUCAGAAGGCAAGAAACAGGUUCCUGCCAGCCGGCCUGUGGAUGGGACACCCAGCUCACAGGUGGGUGACAUAGAGGACUUCAGGGCUGUCAAGAUCCCUCAGCCACUGGUUCCCAUUGCAAAUAAGCGGAAGCGCAUCCCUGCAGCAGAGGAAAGCCAACAGCUGUCCCAGGACCUGGAGCUGUCCCAGUCCUGGCGGGAGAUCCUGGGACCACCUCCACUCCUUGGCACCACCAGGGAAGAGCAUCUGGUCUGGCUGCGCUUCCACCAGAAGAAGUGGGAGCUGCAAGCGCGGCAGCGCCAGGAGCGGCGGAAGAGGCGGCGGCUGGAGGACGCUGGGGUGGUGUCAGGUGGAGGAGCAGUCCGCGAUGCCCUCUCCAAAGGGCUGGGCACUUACCUGCGCCGCACAGCGCGCAGCAUCCUGGACUUGCCCUGGCAAAUCGUGCAGAUCGCUGAGACUGGCCAGCCUGGGCUGUUCCGGCUGUGGGCAGUGAUAGGGAGUGACCUGCACUGCAUCAAGCUGAGCAUUCCCCGUGUCUUCUAUGUCAACCAGCGCAUCCCAAAGCCUGAGGAGGGAACAGCCUACAGGAAGGUAAACAGGAUCCUGCCCCGCUCAAACUUAGUUUACAAUUUGUAUGAAUACUCUGUUCCUGAAGACAUGUACCAAGAGCACAUUAACGAAAUCAAUGCGGACCUCUCUGCUCCAGACAUCGAGGGAGUGUAUGAGACACAGGUGCCACUGCUCUUCCGUGCCCUCAUCCACCUGGGCUGCGUGUGCAUGGUCAGCAGGCAGCUUGUCCGGCACCUGGCGGGGCGAGAGGCUGAAACCUUCAACAUUGAGCACCUGGAGAUGCGCUCACUGGCACAAUUCACUUACCUGGAGCCAGGGAGCAUUCGCCACAUCUACCUGUACCACAGCUCCCAGGGCAGCAAGGCACUCCUGGGCCUCUUCAUCCCCUCACAGCGCAAGGCUGCCGUCUUCGUGCUGGACAAGCUGUGUGUGGUGCUCCCCGUUCCUGACAGUAGCAAAGUUUUAUCAUUUGUUCUUGAUAAGUUUGGGCUUUUUCCUGUCUUUCAGGCUGCCAACAUGCCUGAUUCAGAGCUGUUUGAGCUCAUCUCAGAGAACCGGUCCAUGUCACGCAAACUGGAGGACUAUGGGGAGCAGAAGUCCACCUCCAUCAGCACUGCCAAGCGCUUGGCAGAAUUUUUGGGGGACCAGAUGGUGAAGGAUGCAGGGUUGAGCUGUCGCUUCAUCAUUUCCAAGAAACCAGAAGGGUCUCCAGUCACAGAGAGGGCCAUCCCCCUUGCCAUCUUCCAAGCCGAGCCCAGUGUGCGUAAACACUACCUCCGAAAAUGGCUGAAGAGUCCCUCACUGCAGGACUUCAACAUCCGUGCGAUCUUGGACUGGGACUACUACAUUGAGAGACUGGGCAGCACCAUCCAGAAAAUCAUCACCAUUCCUGCAGCCCUGCAGCAGGUAAAGAACCCAGUGCCACGGGUCCGACACCCAGACUGGCUUCAUAAGAAACUCCUGGAGAAGAAUGAUGUGUACAAACAGAAAAAAAUCAAUGAGCUCUUUGUUUCAGAAGGCAAGAAACAGGUUCCUGCCAGCCGGCCUGUGGAUGGGACACCCAGCUCACAGGUGGGUGACAUAGAGGACUUCAGGGCUGUCAAGAUCCCUCAGCCACUGGUUCCCAUUGCAAAUAAGCGGAAGCGCAUCCCUGCAGCAGAGGAAAGCCAACAGCUGUCCCAGGACCUGGAGCUGUCCCAGUCCUGGCGGGAGAUCCUGGGACCACCUCCACUCCUUGGCACCACCAGGGAAGAGCAUCUGGUCUGGCUGCGCUUCCACCAGAAGAAGUGGGAGCUGCAAGCGCGGCAGCGCCAGGAGCGGCGGAAGAGGCGGCGGCUGGAGGACGCUGGGGUGGUGUCAGGUGGAGGAGCAGUCCGCGAUGCCCUCUCCAAAGGGCUGGGCACUUACCUGCGCCGCACAGCGCGCAGCAUCCUGGACUUGCCCUGGCAAAUCGUGCAGAUCGCUGAGACUGGCCAGCCUGGGCUGUUCCGGCUGUGGGCAGUGAUAGGGAGUGACCUGCACUGCAUCAAGCUGAGCAUUCCCCGUGUCUUCUAUGUCAACCAGCGCAUCCCAAAGCCUGAGGAGGGAACAGCCUACAGGAAGGUAAACAGGAUCCUGCCCCGCUCAAACUUAGUUUACAAUUUGUAUGAAUACUCUGUUCCUGAAGACAUGUACCAAGAGCACAUUAACGAAAUCAAUGCGGACCUCUCUGCUCCAGACAUCGAGGGAGUGUAUGAGACACAGGUGCCACUGCUCUUCCGUGCCCUCAUCCACCUGGGCUGCGUGUGCAUGGUCAGCAGGCAGCUUGUCCGGCACCUGGCGGGGCGAGAGGCUGAAACCUUCAACAUUGAGCACCUGGAGAUGCGCUCACUGGCACAAUUCACUUACCUGGAGCCAGGGAGCAUUCGCCACAUCUACCUGUACCACAGCUCCCAGGGCAGCAAGGCACUCCUGGGCCUCUUCAUCCCCUCACAGCGCAAGGCUGCCGUCUUCGUGCUGGACAAGGUACGCAGCAACCAGAUGCCAAACCUCACCACCUUAUUCUCGGUGGAGCGCACGGCUCUGCUGGAAAAGGUGGGCAAGGAGCUGUUGCCCCCAGACAAACACACCUUCGAGGUGCGUGCUGAGACCGACCCCAAGGCCAUCUACAGAGGUGUGCAGCGGCUGCUCUUGGGCUACAAGGACGAGCGCCGGGGCCCCACGUUGGUGGCUGUGCAGUCCAACUGGGACCUGAAACGGCUGGCAAGUGGGAUCCCCAGCAUUGAGGAGUUCCCCUUGGUCCCCAUCCGGCUGGUAGAUGACAUCAGCUACUCGGUGCUGGAUUGGCAGCGCCAUGCCGCCCGCCGCAUGAUUCGCCACUACCUCAACCUAGAUACCUGCCUCUCCCAGGCUUUUGAGAUGAGCAGGUACUACCACAUCCCCAUUGGGAACCUCCCUGAUGACAUCUCCACCUUUGGCUCUGACCUAUUCUUCUCACGCCACCUUUGUCGUCACAACCACCUGUUGUGGCUGUCCCCCACGGCCCGCCCCGACCUAGGGGGGAAGGAGGCCGAUGACAACCGCCUGGUCAUGGAGUUCGAUGAGAGAGCCUCAGUUGAGAUCAACAACCCUGGCUGCUACUCCACAGUGUGUCUUGAGCUGGACAUCCAGAGCCUGGCUGUGAACACCGUGUUGCAGUCCCACCACGUGAAUGACAUGGAAGGAGGCUCCAGCAUGAGCAUUAGCUUCGAUGUGAUUCAGCAGGCAUCCCUGGAGGACAUGGUGACAGGCAACCAAGCUGCCAACAUCCCAGCCAGCUACGAUGAAACUGCCCUCUGCUCCAAUGCUUUCAGGAUUUUGAAGAGCAUGGUGGUGAGUUGGGUGAAGGAGAUUACACAGUACCACAACGUCUAUGCAGACAACCAGGUCAUUCACUUUUACCGCUGGCUCCGCUCUCCUUCCUCCCUGCUCUAUGACCCAGCAUUGCAUCGCACGCUCCACAACAUGAUGAAGAAGCUUUUCCUGCAGCUGGUGGCCGAGUUCAAGCGCCUGGGCUCCUCUGUGGUCUAUGCCAACUUCAACCGCAUCAUCUUGUGCACCAAGAAGCGGCGCAUUGAGGAUGCCAUCAGCUACAUGGAGUACAUCAUCAACAGCAUCCACUCCAAGGAGAUCUUCCACUCUCUGACCAUCUCAUUCUCCCGCUGCUGGGAGUUCCUGCUCUGGAUGGACCCAGCAAAUUAUGGAGGUAUCAAGGGAAAAGUGGAUUCUCGCAUCCACUAUGGGGAGGACCCCCAGAAGGACACCAGCAAGAGGCAGGCAUUGGAGGAGGAGGAGAGUGAGGAAGAGGAGGAGGAGGAGGUGGCAAGGGAAGAAGAGGAGGAGGAAGGGGAGCCAAUUGUGGAGGAGCUGCUGGAGAACAACUGGAACAUUGCACAGUUCCUGCCCCAGGCUGGCUCCUGCCAGAGCUACUUCUUGAUGAUCAUAUCAGCCUACAUCGUGGCUGUGUACCACAGCAUGAAGGAGGAACUGCGGCGCAACACCCCUGGGAGCACCCCCGUCAAGAGGAGGAGCACCAGCCAGGUGUCCCAGGAGGCUCUAGGGGAGCUAAGGGCCAUGCCUGGCAUGAUCACCUUCUCACAAGAUUAUGUGGCCAAUGAGCUCACCCAAAGCUUCUUCACCAUCACCCAGAAGAUCCAGAAGAAGAUGGCUGGUUCCCGGAAUGCCACAGAGCCCUCAGACAUGUUCCCAGUCCUGCCUGGCUCCUACUUGCCACUCAACAACCCAGCUCUGGAGUUCAUCAAAUACGUUUGCAAGGUCCUCUCCCUGGAUGCCAACAUAACCAACCAGGUGAACAAACUACGCCGGGACCUGCUGCGCCUCAUUGAGGUUGGCGAGUUCUCAGAAGCAGCCCAGUUUCGGGACCCUUGCCGUUCCUAUGUGCUUCCUGAAGUCAUCUGCAGGAACUGCAACUUCUGCAGGGACCUGGACCUGUGCAAGGACCCUUCCCUUUCCCAGGACAGGUUGGUGCUGCCCGGCUGGCACUGCCCCAACUGCCAUGCGCAGUAUGAUAUCGAUGCCAUCGAGAUGGCACUGGUGGAAGCCCUGCAGAAGAAGCUGAUGGCCUUUGUGCUGCAGGACCUGGUGUGCAAAAAGUGUCAUGCCGUGAAGGAGACGCACAUGCCUGUGUACUGUAGCUGUGCUGGAGACUUUGCCCUCACCAUCUCCUCCCAGGCCUUCAUGGACCAUGUCAGUGUCUUCCAGAACAUCGCCCGGCACUAUGGCAUGGCCUACCUGCUGGAAACCAUUGAGUGGCUGCUGCACACUAACCUCCAGCUCCAGCAGUGAGGCCUCGGCUGCUCUUCCUGCCUACUCCAUGCUCUCACAUGUGUGGAGAGUGGACCCCCUUGGCCAUGAGCCAGACCAAAAAGACACUGCACACCCCUCCUGCAGUGGGGGAAGGGAGGGAGAGCCAUGCU